AUUUUGAAGAACCUGGUGAAAAAGAUGUGCCACCGGAGAUCUCAGAACUGGUCUCACUGGACAUCAGGGAACUGGAACAACUGAUGAUGGGAAAACCCAGGAAGAAAACAUUCUCAAGGAGCUCUUGGUCAUCUGGGUAUGGAACAGGCCCUUCUGGAUCAGCACCCAGCAGACCAUUCUCAUAUACAGGUGAGAUUGAUACCAAGGACACGCUGGAGGUCAAGGGUCUCCUUGCUGAACUCAACACACCUGUGGUAAAGCAAGACAAGGCACAACAGUUUGACCUGUACUGUCAGAUAGGAGAUCUCUACAGGACAAAACUACACAACUUACAGUCAGCUCUGCAGUAUUACCAGAACAUGUUAGACUGUUCUCAGGAACUGUCAGAAGACACAAAACAAGCCAAGGCCUACAACAGACUAGGUUUAACAUGUGAUAUCUUAGGUUUACCACAGGAAGCCUUUAGAAAUCAUGAGAAAGCUCUGGCUAUCUACAAAGUAGAAACCAAAAAUGAAACUAAUAUUUGUGUAGCUUACAAAAACCUGGCCUCAUCAUUAGCACUGUCAGGUCAAGUGUCAGAUUCAAAAAUCAACUAUGAAUCAGCCUUGGCUGUUGCCAUGGAGACAGGAAACAAGACCGAACAGAUAGACAUUUACUGUAAGCUGGGUGAUUUACACAGAGAACAGCUACAUGAACCACAGGAAUCACACAAGUACUACACAGAGAUGUUGGCACUAGCCAGGGACUUGGGGAGGAAGGACAGGGAGAGGCAGGCUUACAACAGACUUGGACAUGCCCAUUAUGACAUGGGGGAGUAUGAAGAAAGUUUGGAGUGGAGCAAGAAAGACCUGAAGAUGAGCCAAGAAAGUGGAGACAAGACUGGACAGAUAAUAGCACAUAUAAACAUAGCUGAUUCCUACGAGGCACUGGGUAAACUGGACCUGGCCAGAUCUCACUAUCAAUCAGCAAUGACCAUCGCCAUGGAGACAGGAAACAAACAGCAACAGAUGGACAUUUACUGUAAGCUGGGUGAUUUACACAGGAAACAGCUACAUGAACCACAGGAAUCACACAAGUACUACACAGAGAUGUUGGCACUAGCCAGGGACUUGGGGAGGAAGGACAGGGAGAGUCAGGCUUACAACAGACUUGGACUGGCUCAUCAUGACAUGGGGGAGUAUGAGGAAAGCUUGGAUCGGCACAAGAAGCACCUGAAGAUGAGACAAGAAAGUGGAGAUAAGACUGAACAGAUAACAGCACAUAAAAACAUAGCUGUUUCCUACAAGGCACUGGGUAAACUGGACCUGGCCAGAUCUCACUAUCAAUCAGCAAUGACCAUCGCCAUGGAGACAGGAAACAAGACUGAACAGAUGGACAUUUACUGUGAGCUGGGUGAUUUACACAGGGAACAGCUACAUGAACCACAGGAAUCACACAAGUACUACACAGAGAUGUUGGCACUAGCCAGGGACUUGGGGAGGAAGGACAAGGAGAGUCUGGCAUACAACAGACUUGGACGGGUCCAUUAUGUCAUGGGGGAGCAUGACGAAACUUUGGAGUGGGACAAGAAGAACCUGAAGAUGAGCCAAGAAAGUGGAGAUAAAACUGAACAGAUAAUAGUACAUAAAAAUAUAGCUGAUUCCUACAAGGCACUGGGUAAACUGGACCUGGCCAGAUCUCACUAUCAAUCAGCAAUGACCAUCGCCAUGGAGACAGGAAACAAACAGGAACAGGAGGACAUUACCAAGAAGCUGGCUAAUCUGUAACAAUACAGGAGGCUGAUGACAACUUUACAUCUUUACAGUACAAGACUGUAAAGUAAAAUGACUAAAAGACCAUAUA